CCAGGAGAAAUGGGGGUGGAGGUGAUAGAGCCAGGUAGAUGUGUGCCCCACACUGGGGCUUUCCCUUCCUUUGGGGUGGUAAAUUUGGGGAAGGAAGAGCUGGCCCCCUUAAUGCUGUCCUCCCUAGGUUUCAUCCUCUGUUCCUAGCCAAGGACAGCCAGGAGGGAAGUGGCGAUUCUUAUGCUGGAGGACCUGCGUGAGGGAGGAGUCGGAUGCAGUCCUGGGUCCUGGUGCAGCCCGUGGCCUCUGGCUUCCUCUAACUCUGCUUUCCCGGUCUGCCUCAGGUGUAAGGAGCUCAAGUACGGCAAGGAGCUGCCUCAGAUCUCCAUCAUCUUUAUCUUUGUGAACGAGGCCCUGUCGGUGAUCCUGAGGUCAGUCCACAGUGCUGUCAACCACACGCCAACACACCUGCUAAAGGAGAUCAUCCUGGUAGAUGACAACAGCGAUGAAGAAGAGCUGAAGGCCCCCUUGGAGGAGUACGUCCACAAACGCUACCCGGGGCUGGUGAAGGUCGUGCGAAAUCAGAAGCGAGAGGGCCUGAUCCGAGCUCGCAUCGAGGGCUGGAAGGCGGCCACCGGCCAGGUCACCGGCUUCUUCGAUGCCCACGUGGAAUUCACUGCUGGCUGGGCCGAGCCAGUUCUAUCCCGCAUCCAGGAAAACCGGAAGCGAGUGAUCCUCCCCUCCAUCGACAACAUCAAGCAGGACAACUUCGAGGUGCAGCGCUACGAGAACUCGGCCCACGGGUACAGCUGGGAGCUGUGGUGCAUGUACAUCAGCCCCCCGAAAGACUGGUGGGACGCCGGAGACCCCUCUCUCCCCAUCAGGACGCCCGCCAUGAUUGGCUGCUCAUUCGUGGUCAACAGGAAGUUCUUCGGUGACAUCGGCCUUCUGGACCCUGGGAUGGAUGUGUAUGGAGGAGAAAAUAUUGAACUUGGAAUCAAGGUGUGGCUCUGCGGGGGCAGCAUGGAGGUCCUCCCUUGCUCACGGGUGGCCCACAUCGAGCGGAAGAAGAAACCCUACAACAGCAACAUCGGCUUCUACACCAAGAGGAACGCGCUGCGGGUGGCCGAGGUGUGGAUGGACGACUACAAGUCUCACGUGUACAUCGCGUGGAACCUGCCCCUGGAGAACCCAGGGAUUGACAUAGGCGAUGUGUCUGAAAGAAGAGCGUUAAGGAAGAGUCUGAAGUGUAAGAAUUUCCAGUGGUACCUGGACCACGUCUACCCGGAAAUGAGAAGAUACAACAACACCGUUGCCUACGGGGAGCUUCGGAACAACAAAGCAAAAGAUGUCUGUUUGGACCAGGGCCCGUUGGAGAACCACACAGCAAUACUGUACCCGUGUCACGGCUGGGGACCACAGCUGGCCCGCUACACCAAGGAAGGCUUCCUGCACUUGGGCGCCCUAGGGACCACCACACUCCUCCCUGACACCCGCUGUCUGGUGGACAACUCCAAGAGCCGGCUGCCCCAGCUCCUGGACUGUGACAAAGUCAAGAGCAGCCUGUACAAGCGCUGGAACUUCAUUCAGAACGGAGCCAUCAUGAAUAAGGGUACAGGGCGCUGCCUGGAGGUGGAGAACCGGGGCCUGGCUGGCAUCGACCUUAUCCUCCGUAGCUGCACAGGACAGAGGUGGACAAUUAAGAACUCCAUCAAGUAGAUGGGAGCCCAGCCCCGGCACAGGGCCCGACCGUUCUCACCAUCGGUCACACAGCGGAGAGACAGUGGGACUAGGUGGGCCUCCGGGGCUCCUCCAGGGCAGCACAGGGACCCCAGGUGAAGACUUUUAAGUCCCCUCAGUCUCUCAGCUGCCCUGAGGCCUGUGCCCCCUAAAGCACCCCCCACUUCUCUGGAACUGUUUCCUGCACCUCCAGAUGUGACCUGGUACCAAGGGGUGAGGCUGGCCACAGUUCCGUGUCACCUCCCAACCCGAAACCAGGGUCUGGGCCUGGCAGGGUCCCUUCUUUUGCUUCUGAAUUUCACUCCAGCCCUCAACAAAAUGGGGUGGGGGUGCUCCAGCUACAUCCUCGCUCCCCCUCAGAAUUAGGGUGAGGCGCCGAGGUUCUGCUUCCUCUGAGGUUGCUUCAGCCCAGAGAUCCAGCCACACCGCCAGGCACUCGCCACCCCCACCCCGACCCUCCCAUCAGGGUGGCUUUGGAGAGCCCAGCUCUGGACUUUUCUGGACUCUCCCGUGGUGGCCUGGGAGGGGCAGACACCUCCUGUCCUGGUCACCUGGGUACCGAGCUCCUAAACUGUGCAUGGGGCAGUUCUUGCCUGAGUCUGGAAGGAUCCAGAAAAGGGCUGAGCAUGCAGGACAGUCUCAACAGAGUCCCCACUGCCAGGUGGAGCCAGGCUGGUGCAGCUCUGCCUGCUGGAUCCUCGUCCUGGUCACCGAGCACUGGGGGUCUCCGUGGAGAACAUAGGGCUGAAACCCCAACGCAGCAAAGGGUGAGGAAACCUCGAAGACGCUUUGUGCUCCCUGCAGUUCAUCCCCGCUCUGCUGGCCAACGGGAGGAGGCUACUGUCCCCUUCUCUUAGGAGUGACUGUGGCUUUCCAACUGCCCUCUGGUUAGGGUGAUCCUAUAAAUCAGAGUUAAUAUAUGGCCACGAGUGCAUGCACGUGUGUUGUGUGACAGGUGCACGCGUGUGCGUGUGUGUGUGUGUGUGCGCGCAGUGGCCUUGGGUUUGCUGCUUAAUGGCUCACCUGGACAGGGGACAGGCUGUGGAGAGUCAUGCAGGGUUGGCCUCCUGUCACCAGCUCACUGGCCAGGAGGACACCAUUCAGCUUUGCCUGGAAUGACAACUGCUUCGGCCACUUUCCAUCUUGCUCCCUGCGCAGUCCCCAGCCAAGCCUUGCCCAGAACCAAACCCUGUAGUUACCCCAUUACCCGGAGUGAGGGUCAGUGUCUCUUUUGGUGACAUUUUAUUGGUGAUCAUCCCCUGGUCCCAUCUCCCACCUUGUGAAAUAAAUAUGUCAGCACUUCCCA